CUCUCAACAAUGUAGCUCUCGACAUUCAUCUUGAGAUUUGGAGGAACAGUUCAUCAACUGUGCACUUCUUUUUUGGCUUUAAAGGUGUGGCGUUCCCUGUCCAUGUGUGUGUGUGAGCGACACGCCGCAGUUGUGUCCGGUAUUGUUCCUGAAAUUCGCGAUUUUUGGCUUACCGUUACAUAAGAUUUACGGGGUUACUAAUAUAAAAUUCAAAAUGGAGGCAGGAUUUCUAAAUUUCCACGAUGAGCAGCAUUUCUCUGAUUUCUCUAUGCUGGAUCAGUCCGAUCUGUUCUUACAGAACGAUUUGUUGGAUCAGCCUUCAAGUUCCUUGAAAGUAGACAGCGAUUUUGAUUACAUGGAAAGUCAUUUGGAUUCAAAUGGAUUAUGGGGCACAGAACAAGAGCUUAAUGGUGAUAUGGCAGUAUUACCAGUCUCGGGAGUUUCCUCUACGUUUCCGAGAAUAGAGAACAUCAGUGAGGAUUUCGCCAAAGUUCUUACAGAUUGGCAAGAGCACAUAGGUUUUUUAGAGGCUUGUGAAUUCGAGGAAGAUAUGGGCGUUUUGAACAUUGCUCCGGCUGCAUCACACUGCCCAGAACUUCCAGAAAAUAUAUUUCAGGACGAUUCGGCGGUUCAACUCAAUCCACAAACAACACCUGAGAAAAAGAAAAGUAGUGAGAAAAGUCCGAAAAAGUCACCAGACAAAUUAAAUAACUCUAUAACAUAUCAGAACGAAACUCCAGUCCGUCCCUCCGUGAAGAAAGAGAAACACGACAAGGAGAUCAGCAAAAGUAAAACAACCCGCAAAAAUGUAAAUAAGAAGAUCAAGGUUGAAAUCAAGCAGGAGAUAAAUUAUGUCGAGGACUUAGACGAAGACAAUUGGUUUGAUGAUGCCUUUGAACCAGACCUCCCAGCUGUACUGGAAGCUGGGGAUGUCACUAGUCUAUUGGAGCAGUUUGAGGCCUCUGCGGUAGCCUCCGACGUCUCAAAUCAAGAGUCGCCAUUGCACAGUGAAGAACUGAUGCCGAGCCAGGAGGAGGAGCAGAUGCUGAUCGAGGAACAAAUGCAGAGCCAGGAGGAGGAAGUACCAGAGCCAAAACCACUAGAAAAUCAGGAGCGGAUACAGAGGAUACCGAAAGUCAAAGAAGAAGAAGAUGAAGUUCCACAACUACCCUCGACGAAAAUUCGAAAAACAACGAAGAAAUCCCAAGCGAAUCCCCUAACCCUUUUGAAGAAACCCUUGAAAUCCGAGGAGUCGAAGUUGCAUCAGGAUAUAAAAAAUUCCUUACCUAAAGAAGUCAUUGACAGGAUAAAGGCUUCAGGGCGUAAGAAAACCAUACCAGUCAUACCAGCAUUGCCGGACAAGAAGGGAGCUGGUCGGUGCAAGGGAACUAGGAUGCAGGAUGCAGGAGCCACGCUCUCACGAAACAAGCUAUUGAAAAUAGUUGCAAACAACGGAAGGAUGGAGGGCUCCGUCCAGUUGGACCACGACUAUUGUAGUAACGGCAACUCUCCCAAUUCAAAAAACAAGAAGGAAUCUACUAACAAAACAAGCAAAAAAUCCACAGGCGAGAAUAAAGUUGCCAAGAAAGUUGUGAAAGAAGAGUUCCCUAAACAUGCUCAAUACGACAAAUUGAGUAGCAAUUUAUGGGCAGAUAGUAACUCGAGAAAAGACAGUGGUUUAGAGUCUGGAGAUCUCAGCGAUGCGAGCGAAGAUCCUAUAUCCGUUAAUUCUCCCGGCACUCCCAAAUUAAAAGUAUUGCCGUCCUCCUCCGAGAAGAUUAAACCGAAGGAAUUUCCGUUAAAGAAAAUAGACUUUAAGCAGAAAAUUGAGAGCACACCUGUGAUGAAAACAAGCCCAAAUCUAUCUUUGAAUAAACCCACUCCAGAGAUGAAGAUCCGAUCUGCUUUAGCUACAAGUAUUCUUCAACUGCGAAAGGGGGGAGUUCUGACGAAAACGAAGUCAAUCGAGGGAACUCAAAAAAUGGUUUCUGUACUCAAGAAGCCGCCACUAGCUACACAGCCACCUCUCAUAUCGAUCAGUCCAAACGAGAGUAUAGUGACCACCACUAACAGCUCGAAUAACGAGGUUCAGAAUAUAAUUAUCCAGAAUACACAGUUCGAAACUCAGGAGGAUUUGAAGAAACCGCCACGGAAGAAAUUAAAUUUGGCAGAGUAUAGGAGCAGAAGGGAGCAAAAUAGAAGUGAUAGUAGCAGAACUAAUAGUCCCAUUCAACCGAUGACUUUAGUAUACAUACACCACGCAUCCACAACAACUCAUCCGAUUCAAGGUGAUUUGGGGAAUGUUAUCUGGUCGGAGCGAGAAAUAGUCUCAGUUUUAAAACCGAAGUUCGAUGUUGAGGAUGAGAAAGUCCGAACCAAGCCACCAGUUUGUGAUACUGCGGCGCAAACGAAUGAAACUGUUUUCACGCCACACCCAAGAACAAUGGUUGUCAGGCCGCAUCCUAUUGAGAACAAACGAUCUGUAGAGAAGAAAUGUCCGGUUGAGAACAAACGAGAUGUUGAGGGUAAACGUCCAGUUGAAAGUAAACGACCAGCUGAGAGUAAGCGACUAGUUGAGUGUAAACGAUCAGUUGAGGUCAGAAAACCCGUUGAGAGUAAACAACUAAUUGAGAAUAAAGAAUUAGUUGAGUGUAAACGUCCAGUUGAGAGUAAAAAACUAGUCGAAGCUAAAAUACCAGUUGAGAGUAAACAAUUAGUUGAGAGUAAACGACUAGUCGAAGCUAAAAUACCAGUUGAGAGUAAACAACUGAUUGAGAAUAAACAAUUAGUUGAGUGUGAACGACCAGUUGAGAGUAAACGACUAGUCGAAUCUAAAAUACCAGUUGAUAGUAAACAACCAAUUGAGGAUAAACAAUCAGUUGAGAGUAAACAACCGAUUGAGAGUAAACAAGCAAUUGAGAGCAAACAAACAAUUGAGAGUAAGAAACCAAUUGAGAGUAAGCAACAGAUUGAGAGUAAACAACCCGUUGAGACUGGAAAACCAGUUGAGAGUAAACAGGUGGAGAAUAAACAACCAGUAGAGAAUAAAGGACAAGCUGAGAGCAAACAGUUAGUUGAGUAUGAGCAACCAGAUGAUAGUAAACAGCUAGUUGAAAUCAAAAAACCAGCCGAGGAUAAACAGCCAGCUGAGAAUAAACAAUCAGCAGAGAAUAAACAAUCAGCUGAUGAUAAAAAAUCAGCUGAGAAUAAACCACCAGCUGAGAAUAAACAAACUGCCGAGUAUAAACAACCAGCUGAGAGUAAACAAAUUGAGAGUAAAAUGGUUGAAAAUAAACGUCCAAUUGAGAAAAAAUCACCAAUUGGGAGUAAACGACCAAUUGAGAUUAAACGAUCAAUGGAGAGCCGAAAUUCAACACCGAUUAAUCGUUCACCUAUUGUUAUUGAGGAGAAUGAAGUGUCUAUAAUAGGAAGUAGCUCGUCUCCAAAAGUUAGAGAGAGUGAAUUUAUCAGAGUUAGUGCUGAAAAAAGAAGACGGAGAAAUUACAAGCGAAGAAGAGAUUCAUCCGAGUCAAGUCGUUCCAGAUCACGAAGCAGAAGUCGAAGUAGAAGUAGGAGUAGAAGUAGAAAUAGGAUUAGGAAUAGGAACAGAAAUAGGACGAGGAGUAGAAGCAGGAGUAGGAGCCGAAGUCGCAGAAGGACUCCAGAACGUCGCAGAAGAAUAAGCCAUCGGCGUAGUUCCGUGAGCUCCAGUAGUAGCUGGUCAUCGCGCUCGUACACGAAGUCUUCUUCCAGUUUCAGAACGAGAUCUUCUCGGUCCCGUUCAAGGUCUUCCAGGUCUUCCAGAUCCAGAUCACGAUCGAGAUCAAGGCUCAGGUCUAGAUCAAGAUCAUCAUCGAGAUUCUCCAGUUGCUCAAGGUUGUCGUCUCGCUCAAUUUUCGGAAGGAGUAGAUGGUCAGGUCGCCGAAGCCGUGAGAGACGCGGGCAGAAGUCAAGUUAUAAUAGGAACAGACGUCGCUCCUCGAGGAGUAGUAAUGACUACAGAGAUUGGAGGAGAUUUUAUUCUAGGUCUUCUUCGCGUUCAUACAGAAGACCCUACGAUGGUUGGUACGACAAAGAAAAGCAGAAGCAAGUGGAGGAACGAAGAGUUAUUUAUGUUGGUAGACUGGAGGAAGGCAUUACGAAAGCUGAUUUGAGAAGAAGAUUCGAAGCUUUCGGUCCGGUUGUUGAUAUAAGUGUUCAUUUUCGGGAACAUGGUGAUAACUAUGGAUUUGUUACGUUCGCUUAUAAAACCGACGCGUAUAGGGCAGUCGAACACGGUAACGAUGAUCCAUCUCUGCCACGAUAUGAUUUAUGUUUCGGAGGUCGCAGAGCAUUCUGCAAAGUGAAAUAUGCAGACCUUGAUGGAAUGGCAAGUAGUUCUUUGAGUGGGGGUGGUAGUAGCAGUAGACCAUUAAUGCAGCCCGUAGAGGAAAACACUUUCGACCUUCUUCUGAAAGAAGCUCAAGCAAAACUUCGCGAACGGAAGGUUUGACAUACGUAUUGUCUUCUAGUUUUAAAUGUAAUUUAACAAAAUUAUUGUUAAUGACAUGAAGAUCGUAGAGGAGGAAAACUUUUUAAAUAGUAAAAAGUGAAAGAACAGACGUCGCUCAUAGGAUAGCGUCAAUCCUACAUUAGACAAUGUUAUGAAAUGUUAUAUUACCAUCAAGCACACAACUAUCCGCAUCAAUGAAAAUGGUGCACAAAUUCGCGUCGAUGAUAAUUUAUCGAUCAUCUUCAGGAUGAGAUUUGUAGAUAUGUAACGGGUCAAGAUGCACCAUACAAAAUGGUGUACGUGUAUUCAUAGGUGUUAUGUAACUUGUAUGUGACAAAUUGUUUUUGCACGUACGCCUCUCAUUGAAAUGCCUCAUUUUCAAUUUUAUCGGUGCGAUCCUUCUAGAAGCAUAGGAUACAAAUUGUAUGCAUUUUUUAAUCCAUUAACCCAUCCCAUUUUGUCGCUUCUGCUCUUUUCAUUUUCACCAUCUUUUAAUAGUAAAACAAAAAAACAACAACAAACCCGGAUUACAUCUAUCUUUGCUCAAAUAAGGUAAAAUCAUUACAAAAUGUACAACCCGAUAAAAGUGAAUUUUGAUUUUUUGGUUACCAUUCCAGUCCAGUCUCGUAAUGAAUGAUAAAGAUAUUAUAUUAACUUGAUAGAAUUAUCUAUCAAUUCCAUCAAUUCAAUGCUACCAUUCUACAAUAGUCACAGAUUAUCUGAACAUUUUCUAAUGUAUUUACCUGUAAUGUAAAUAGACUAUCCAACUCCACAUUUUUUUUCAGUUUGAGUUUUCACAGUGGAUAUUUGAAAUAUAUUGUAGGGUUUUUAUAUGAAUAGGGAUUCAUUUCUUACAAAUUGGUGCACCUAAUGAGGAAAGUAUGAAAUAUUUUUGUUAGGAACUUCCUUUAAAAGAAAAUCAAGAAAGGUUAAGCAGAUUUUUAAAAAUGUAGGAGUUAUACAUACCUUCAUAUAUUUUAUAAAUACUUGUGAAUUAUACGAAAAUGUCUGAUUUUUGUAGUAGUCUCUCGGUUAUCUUACAAUUUAAUCGCUGACAUUGUUUUGUGAUGAAGGUGGUGUAAUUGCGAAAUAAUGCAAUGAGUUCAAUGAGACUGAGCGGAAAGGGAAAUAGCGUCAAAGUAAUUCAAACUUCUGAUCCUUUCCUUUCAUGCACCAAAAUAAUACAACCUCUUUCCUACUGGAAUAGGAAUAAACGAUUGUUUCGUUUCGCCAAAAAUAGUCAAACUUAUGCUAAACUGAUGUUUUUCGAAGUAUCCGCGAAAAUUUAGCCUCCAAUUUUUUAUGAACUUGUUACGCUUCGAAUUGCCAACAAGAGUGUUGGAAUAAUUUUAAUUUCACGCAAAGAAAUAGGUGUGAGGAAAAGAAUUUAGGUGUUGCAAAUUUCCAUAGACUGCAUGCUCACAAUUAGCCUGAAUGAAUUCAGCUCUUUGUGAUGUAACACGUUAAUUGCCUACUUACGUUUUGUAGAUUUAUUGAGUAUGAAGUAAUUCGAUUUUUUUUUCUGAACGAAGUUUAUAUGACUUAUUAUACAACUAUGAAUUACUUAGAAAGUUAAUGUGUUAACUGAUUUUUAUGUAUAAGGUAAUGCAGUCACGCUUAUAAACAAAAUAUUAAAAAAACAAAGUCUUUAAUUUAAGUAAAUUCAUGAAAGCAAGACAACUGCUUUUUGCAGAAAUCCAAUAUGGAUUUGUUUUUCCAUAAUAACUUACUUUUCGAAAUGACUAAGUAAUUGUGAUCAAUCAGUUGCCUUUGUUAUAAUUAACAAUUGACCUAAAUUCAUGGAUUGUCUUGCGUGUCUUAUUUUUUGUAUAACUAUCUUAAUGAUAAUAACACCAUUAAGCUUAGUAUUUUACUUAUAAGUCUGGUAGAUUAUCGGUGGUCCUAACUCGGAAGCAAGAUGAGCCUUUUAUUUUUUUCCGAAAGAAAUAUCAUCUUUUAAAGACACAUCUUGGCAAGUGCUUUGCAUUUUGUUCUAAAUUAAAUAGAUAACAUAAAUUCGCUUUAUUAUAUUUUAGUAAGUUUUCUAGUUUAUAAAUAUUAUUGUAACCUGAUCGGAUGCCGAUGAUCUACCGUAGUUUUAAGGACAUUAAUUAUAAAGUUCAUAUUAGCAACUUUAAAUGAAGAAAUUGCAUGAUGUGAAAAUAAUAUAGAAGGCAAAAAAAGGUUUUAUAAGGAACCAAUCGAUAAAAAAUAUUGAAUCAAAUUGGUUUACCAGUAAAGAUAAGCUCUUUGUUAAAGAUUCAGUUUAUCAGAAAUCUCAUAUACUGCACUGUAUUAUAAUUCUGAUAUGUGAUAAACAAAUGAUGCUACUUUAAAAUAUACGUACGUACGUAGGAAAUAAGCUUCAUGAAAGCACGAAUCGAUUUUCUUUUCGAAAGACAAGUUUCAGAUUACAUCUUUGUAAAGCGGAAAUUUAGAUCGCAUGUAAAAAUAGAAUUAAGUCUUCUAAAUAUACCCACACUGAAGCAUGCUUUUCAAGAGAAUUGUAUUCCAUAUUAGUUUGAGAAUGUAUGUACCAGAAGUCGAAUACAGAAAAGAAGUAAAAGUACAAA